AUGAUCCAGUAUCGUCCGAAAAAGCAACGAAAAAUAAUAGCUUACAAAGAGGACGAGCUUGACAACUUAAGCCCUGAUCUCUCACCUGAACUCAUUAUUCAACUACCGCUACCGUCACCAUCACUUACAGAAACCAUUUUUGAUCACGAAUUACAACAAAAACAAGAUGAGGACGACAACAAUUUCAUUCAAUGGACUCGAGGAGAUAAUGAAAUAAUAGUGAGUGCGAAUUAG